UAGAAUCUAUAGGCGUGGUCAGAUUUUUUAAUUUUUCAAAAUGGCGUCCAAGAGGAAAGCGAAAUCUCAAGAGUUUAUAGAUGAUUCGGACGAUCCUGAAGAUACAGGAUCUAAGACAAAAAAGAGUAGGACAAAAUCAGCUGCAGCUACUACUCAAAGCAGUGACAUCGAUACUGAGGAACUGAUACCUUUGUCAGCUAAAAGAUUUGUCAACGUUCGUACAUUCAAAGGACGAAUCAUGAUUGACAUAAGAGAAUAUUAUGUAAAUGAUGAUGGAGAGAAUCGACCGGGGAAGAAAGGAAUAUCACUUUCUGUUGACCAGUGGGAAAAGUUAAAAGAAGCAAUGGAGACCAUUGAUGAACGAAUACACAACUCUUAAUGAUUUGUACAUGUAUACCCAGUGACACUUUCAGUAUAUCCUUGUGAAGUAUCUCUGUACACUCCAGUAUAUUCCUGUAUACUACUCACAUGUGAUUGACGUACAUUUAAUCUAAAAUUAAUUAUAAUAGAAUUGCAGCUGGAUCUCAAAAGCUGCA